ACCUGGCAGAGGAGGCUAACCCUUUCGUCCUCCUCGUCUUCAUUUUCCUCUCAUCCCUCUUCUGAACUUCACUGACCAACCAACCUCCAAAGAAAAAAAAAAUCCUCAAAUCCACAGCGGAGUGAUUCCAUUUCCAGCUAAAGAUUGGCGUCGAUCGCCUGCACUGCAUCGCAUCAACCCGUCCAUUGGUGAUCCAGUCCAGGUCCCUCCUCCUUACCCUAGCUCCAAUCCUACCUGGAUUCAAUGAAGGGAGAUUGAGGAACCGGAUGCUCGAUCUGUUGCACUAACGCUUCACAAGGUCUACCUCGACCACCUCCUGCCGCAUUGCUGACCAACCCCACUGUGUCCUAUUUGCUUGUUCAAUUUUUAUCCAUGUCUGAUCAUCAGAGACACGCUGGGAAUUAUUCUCCGGUUCCCACACAACCAGAUGUUCAGUGCCUAGUUUGUACAAGACCAUUUGCUUUGGAUGCCGAGGUCAACGAUACCUUUGAAGCUUUAGCCAUAUGCAUGGACUGCAAGUCCACAGUACUUAAUGUCGACGAUGAAAUAACCAGCACUUCUCGGCACAUGGCACGAAGAAGGCGGAGAUCCAGGACUGCAAGUAUUGAUUCCAUCGAGGAUGCGUUUUCGCAGGAGUUCUCUCAGCUGAUCAACUUAGCGAGGCAAGGUUGUGAAGGCGAUACCGAUUCUUCAUCGGUCGUGCUGCAAAAUGUGUCGUAUAAUUCGACACCAAACCAUUCUCAAAGAUGGCAUGCUUCCAAUGAUGAGAGUGAUGGCCCCAAUUAUGUUGAUUUUGUGUUUGGUGAAAUUGAAUCAACCAUCAGUUUUGGUGACUAUGGUGGUGAUUCAGAUACCUCUCUAGACCAACAUAGUGUGACAGCCAGGAGGAUUUCCAUUCAACUUGACAAUGAUGGCUAUGCCAACACAGAUACCGAUAUCGAUCCCAUGAAUGCUAGACUAGAUCAGUGGGAUUCAGAUGACCAAGAAGACGUGCAAUCGGAACAUUCUGAUUUUGGUGAAGCAGUUGACAUCAUGAUCCAUCACCAGCAACAAUCACGUGAUAUUCAGUUGAGUGGAUUGAGUGAGGACGAAUCUGAAGAUGCAUUUAAUUGGAGUAUGACUGUACGUCAAAGAGCAAAUAUGACUAACUUGCUAGAAGACAUGGAAGGGUCACAAAUCAGGACAGCUUUUGUUGGGAACCCAGGUGAUUAUGUUGAUGCAAGGCAGUUUGAGAUGCUCCUUGAGCAAUUUGCUGAGGACAACAAUUCCAGAAGAGGAGCUCCGCCAGCUGCAACAUCCUUUGUUGAAAAUCUUCCUUCUGUGAUUAUUUCCACAGGCUAUCAAACAAAUGGUGAUGUGAUCUGUCCAGUCUGCAAAGACCCAAUUCCUAUCCGAGCAAGAGCAAAACAACUACCAUGCACGCAUCUAUAUCAUUCAUCGUGCAUCUUGUCAUGGCUUGGUUCUAGGAAUACAUGUCCUGUCUGCCGAUAUGAGCUUCCUACAGAUGAUGCGGAAUAUGAAAGGUCCAAGCGAACUGCAACCAAUGAAAGAGACAUGCAGGUUGUGGAUCACACCCAUCUCCAGGAAAGCAUGGAUGAAAUUUCUGAUGAACCAGAGCUCGAAGUAACUCGUCAUAUGGCUAUUGGUGCAGUGGGAGAGACUAUUUCAAGUGAACGCAGUGUUCGGGCUGCAGAACAACCAAACAGGGCACACAGGCGCAGUGGAUGGUUUUUUAUUGCAGCUGCUCCAGUUGUAAGCCUUGUUAGUUUAGCUCUAGUUUUAUGCUUUACAAAUCCUCCUAGGAUUGGUAGAAGGCAACCGUACUGUAGAUCCCCAAGUGCCACUGUGGUACAUGUAGACACCAAAAGAAGUUGGUGGUCUAUGUUCUAGAGUGUCCCGCGGGUACAUCUGAUGACAAACUGACUAUAUGGUGGCUCAUGAUUGUUUACAGUAACGUUUCUGUAAUUUUUUUAAAAAAAAUUCAAAUGUUGUAGUUGUUGCAGUGACCGGUUGAGUGUUGUAAAACAAUUCUAGUGCCCACUUUUUUCUUCCACUUUGCUCAGUCCAGCAAUGUGUAUUGAUACCUGAUGUUUGUUUAAUAUAUGUGUGUCAUUGGA